AUGAAGCUCCUAGGCGCGGCCGCCGCUCUCAUCCUCCCACAACUCUGUGCCGCGGCCGGCAGCACGUGCUACUACCCCAACGGACGUAUCGCGGCCCCAGAUGCGCCUUGCAACCCCGACGCUGAGAACAGCCCGUGUUGCGGGGCCGGCUCGGGCACGGUGUGUUUGACGAAUGGCCUGUGUUUGAGUGCCGGCGGGGGAACAAUUCGCGGGUCGUGUACAGAUAAAGCUUGGACAGCGGGGGAGUGUCCGAAUUAUUGCAUGUUCGCGCAAACCGGCGGAACAGAUCUGGUCUCGUGUUCCAAUGUCACGCACACCGACACCUCAUACUGCUGCGAUGGGUACCGGGCUUUCUGCUGCGACGAUGGCGUUGACCGGUUCGACGUCCUCCCUUCAAACCCGCAGAUCGCCGCCCGAUACGACAGUGCACUGGGCCGAUUCACCAGCGUGGCGCAGCGGACAACCUCAUCCAGCAGCUCGAGUUCAACCUCGUCCGCAACAUCAACCGGCACAUCCACCGGCGAGCCCACCACCUCGACCGGCAACCCCACCUCUAGCUCACCCACCGAAUCGUCAACAUCACAACCCACUAGCGAACCCGAUUCCCCCUCCCCAGGGCUCUCCACGGGCGCGCAAGCCGGCAUCGGCGUCGGCGUCGCCGCCCUAGUCAUCGCCCUAAUCGCCGUCGUGUUCCUCCUCUUCAAGCUACGCAAAGCCAAACAAGCUGCGGCGGCCGCGACUGCGACAUCCCCAAGCACAGCCGCAGCCGGACCAGACGGGCAAGGCGCCUGGGAACAACAACCGUACAGCGACCACAAGGACGGCCCGCCGUAUUACUCGGGGAGGGUGGAGAUGGGCCCGGGUAUGCCGCCGGCGGAGUUAGCGCACGAACCGCCGCGGACGGGGGAGUUGGGUGGGUAUGAGCUUUCGUCUGAGUUACCUUCGUCGCCAUCGUCGUGGCAGCAGCAGCAGCAGCAGCAGCAGCAACAACAGUAUCAGCAGCAGUAUAGGUGA